AUGACUUCUAUCGCCCGCCCACGACCUUCCGGUCUACGGGCAAUCUUCGAAUACGUAUUCCAUAAGGCUUCAACUUUGUUGGGCCCAGUCGCUCACUUCUGCCGCACCUCUUUCUCAUGGAAACCCAUGAAUUGGCAUAAGAGCGGUCCUUUGAGAAAAUGCAAUCCGUGCACUGCGUUUUUACUCAUGAUUGGACGGGAAGUUUGUAUCUCAAAUCGCAAUCCGUAUAACCUAGGCAUCCAAUGA